GUAUUACAAACGUUUACGAGUUCAGAGUAAAACAAGAUCAACAUUAAGAAACAUGCGUUCCUACAUAAUUAUAGCAUUUAUUGCACUGGCCGUGACUUUACAGCAGGCCCAAUCCGCCAGUUUGUCUAAGAAUACAAAUGGCAAGAGACAAAUUGUUGAGGAUGAGAUUGGUGGUUCAGCUAAGGGUGGUUUAGGGGGAAGUGUAGGAGGAGAUAUUGGAGCUAGUGCCGGUGGCGUGGCUGAGGCUGGUGGCGCUGAAGUUGAUGAGAAAGCUGGUAAUAUUGCUCAGGGAUUGAUUACCGGAGGAAUUAAGCCACCUAAAGCUGGAGCAGAAGGUGAAGCCGUAGCAGAAUUAGGUACAGAAGAAGAAGUUGGCCUUGGAACAGGAGCAGGUGCUGAAGUGGAAGACGCUCAAGAGGAAAAUGCUGAGAGUGCAGCAAAUCUUGCAGCUCAACAUACGAUUACAAAAUCAAAUAAAAUAGAGGCUGGAGCUGGUGCUGAAGAAGAUGAACCCGAGGAAGAAGCAGAUCAAGGUGAUGUUGCUGUUGCUCAAAUUAAAGAUAAAAUGCCGAGAAGAGACGAUCCUGUAGAAGAAGAUUCAGAAGUGGUUGAUGAGGGAAAACAAGAAAAGAAACCUGCCGCCGUUGCAAUUGCUGAGACAGAGGAAGGUGACGAGGAGGAUGAUAAAGAAGCUGAAGCAGGAGAAGAAGGUGAAGCGGAAGCUGAAGGAGAAGCAGGACUAUUAGCAGCUGCACCAAACGGAGAAGCUGGAGUAAAAGAAAGUCUUGCUCUAGGAGAUGAAGCUGAUGCAGAAAAUGAAGCUGAUGUAGAAAAUGAAGCUGAUGCAGAAGUUGCAGCUGAUGCAGAAGCAGAAGCAGAAGCUGUAGAAGAUUUAGUUAAAGGUGUUGAAGGUUUAAUUAAAGGUGCAGCGAGUGUAGGAGGCGAAGCUGGUGAAGCUGUUGAUGAAGUAGUUGGAGCAGAAGCUGUUGCUGAAGCUGUUGAUGAAACUGAAGCUGCAGCUGAUGCCGAUGCCGAUAGUGAAGCUGCAGCAGAAGCAGUUGCUGGUGCUCAAGCAGAAGCUGGUGCCCAAGCAGAAGCUGGUGCUCAAACAGAAGCUGGUGCUCAAGCAGAAGCUGGUGCUCAAGCAGAAGCUGGUGCUGAAGCAGAAGCUGCUGCUGAAGAUGAUGCUGCAGCUGGAAUAGCAGGCGAUGCUAACACAGCUGGCCUUGAAGGUAAACAAGAAUUAGCAGGCGAAGCUGCAGCAGAAUGAGGUGCUGUAGGAACCGCUGCAGGUCAAAAACGUUUAGGUUUGUUUGGAUUUCCCUUACCCCUUAAAUAAAUAUCCAUAAAUUUUUUA